AUGGGUAAAGGUAAAAAUGGUUUAGUAUCAUUAUUUCUGCAAGUAGGCUGUGAAGAAAAUCUCAAAUAUGACAAUCACACAUUGAUACGUUUGACUCCGACUCAUGAACGUCAAGUGGAGUCGGCAGUGAAGUUCCACGACCCUCAAGAGGGAGUUGAGGUGCUGAAGACUAGCCGAGGUUUGAAUGACAGCUUGGACCUGCUAGUGCCGCCGACAAGGAUAGCUUUCGUGCAGGACUACGCUCAAGAGAACGACCUUGUUUUCGAAGUUAAGAAGACGCAUUAUGGCAGGCAUCUUGAAGAGCGUUUGCCGAGGCGGAGGCUUAUGAAUCAUUUCAAUGUCUACGGCUAUAAUUCUUACGCCAAUAUUCUAGAUUUCUUAGAAGACGUGGCGAGAAGGCAUUCUGACAUCGUGCAACUUCAACCGCUCGGGAACAGUUAUCAGGGUCGCCCUGUGAAGUUGGUGAAGAUAUCCAAAAACUCCAAUGCUGGCAACCCUAUCAUAUUUAUAGAUGCUGGCAUCCAUGCUCGGGAAUGGGUGGCUCCCGCAAUGGCACUAUACAUAAUCCAUCGUUUGACCAAUCAUCCUGAUGGCCGACGAAAGGAGCUGGAAGGAGUAGACUGGUACAUUCUACCCGUCGUCAAUCCUGAUGGGUACGAGUACACACGAUCUAGCAAGGCAAACCGCUUGUGGAGGAAAACAAUGUCAAAAACAAAUUCUGUGUGUGUGGGCGUUGACGGCAACAGAAACUACGGCUUCAAAUGGGCCGUCAGUGGUGUCUCAAGCGACCCAUGCAACAAGGAGACUUACGCUGGACCGAAGCCUUUCUCCGAGCCCGAGACUAGGAUGGUCAGAAAUGUUAUGGUGCAAAACGCACAAAGAAUGAAGCUAUACGUCUCAUUACAUUCAUAUGGCCAAUACUUGGUGUACCCAUGGGGAUAUACCGGAGACUUCCUUCCGAAAGAAUGGAAAAAGCUUGAUAAGUUGGCAAAAAGAGUGUCAGCAGCCGUCCAAAAUGCUGGUGGUUCGCCUUUUAAGGUUUUGAGCGCUGGUAAAUGGUAUGCAGCAGCGGGUGGAAGCGAUGACUACGCGUUCGGUGCAGUCGGUGUCCCAUAUUCAUACACGAUGGAACUGACUAACGGUUAUGAGUUUGUCUUCCCUGAGGUCCUUCUGCGUAACGUCUUGCCACAAUUCUACGAAGGCUUCAAGGCAUUCGGCGCUCAAAUAAGGAAUGAAUUCAAACCAAAGGCGCAAUUCAGAAUAUACGACGUCUCCAGCUCCUCUACAUCUGAUUCCAGUGAAGACUGAAUUUACUUACCUUAACUUCGACAAAAGUUUUAAGUCAAGUAGAAAAUAAAUUACUCAGAAUUUUCUUGUGUUUAUUUCAAAUUGGUUUCCGCAUUAUACGUAUGAAAGUUUUAUCUCGAUGUGUAACUGUUUUACGACUGAUUUAUUGCCAUAAAAUUACGUUUUACAUUUUUCUGAUUGUAACCAUGGACUCGCUACAGACUUUUCCGUUGCAGUACUAAUGGCUAUGUACCACUUAAGGUUAUUUAUAAUUUUUUUUUUAAAUGGUACGGGAUUUAUGUGAAAGUGUUUCUUUCAUUGUUAAUUCACUAAUUUGUAAUUAUAUACUACGUUUAUUUUCUAGCAAACUUACCUAUUACGCUGAGUGCCAUUUGUGGGUAGGUACAACAUUAAAUUAUUCUAACAUAAGUAAAUUUAGUUUUAUUGAUUUGACAACAAAGGAUGUAUGUUUUUUUACACAUUAUUUAUUAAUUAUGCAAUCCUAUAAUAAUAUUAGUAUUCAUACAAUAAAGGCAUAUUUAUUUUACACAUACGAGAGUUCCACAGUCGUCGCUGAGAUUAUUUCCAAAAAAAGCUGUUCAAUGAGAAAAAAGAAAAUCAACAUAAAUUAAAUAUGCAGAGAAAUCAGUAUAAAUAUGGAAAAGAUGUCUGUAGGCGUAUGGAUAAAAGAUUAAAUAUCUAUGACUGAAUUUGGUUAUAAACAAAUGACCAAUUUGUAAUUCUGAUAAAAAUCUCAUCGGAGUCAGAGCUUUAUAUUAUUUCAGCAGUAUAAAAUAACGUUCCCAGAAUUCUUUAGAGUUGAAAGAAGAGAUCACAUUGAAUUAAAAAAAAGCGGCCAAGUGCCUGACGUGCCGCGCGCAGUGUAGUGUUCCGUAGUUCCGUAGUAUCAAAAUAUAUUUGAGCAGGAGUCUUUAUUUUCUAUAUCGGAAAUUAGAAAAACCAAUUAAUAUCAAUCUAUGUAUCUCAACUAAAAUACAAAAUUACAGCUCUCUAGUGCUAGACUAGACUAGACUUCAAACAAAACCGGGGACCGACAGACGGACAUGAAGGAACUGUAAGGGUUCCUUGUCAGGACUACCGAACCCCGAAAAACGAUUGAAAGAAAAGAAAGAAAGAAAAACAUUUAUUGGUUGCACAGCAUACAUACAUUGAAAACAAAACAAAAUUGAAAGAACAUAACAACAAAGAAAAAACAAAUAAUAAUAAACAAAAACAACUAAACUAAUCUGCUGGUGUUGCUGUGCAGGGCUAACAGCUAUGCUACUGUGGUAGUAGUUUCGCGAUACCACAGCAGCGCUGAUUUUCAGCCAGCGCCUAAUGACGUCCGAAUUGCCACGUGUAACUUAAGAUCGACUCGCUUGAUCGGGCAGAUUUUUUUUCGGAGUGGUUGAUAAAAAAAUCCCAAGCCUUUCCUUUCGUAUCACAAACUUUCUCUUAUCGGAAUCUUAUAGCCUCAGAAGAAAAAAAAACACUUGAAGAAUGUACUAGUCCGGACGCUCCCAUGAUAAUAAUUUUUUGGCUGUAUUUAUUUAGAUGCAGGUACAUGAGGGAAUGUUAUGAACAUAUGAUUGAUGAUUUGAUAACUAAAGGUGAAACCCCUUGCAUUUCUGAAGCAGCAAUUGGUUCUAGUACGGUAAGAGACAUAACUGAUUCAAAUAAUUUUGUUUUAAUCCGUCUUGAUUAAGCAAAAGCACGAAUUUCCUAACAUAAUAUUUCAGAUAACCAUAUUCUUAAAGGCGAUUCAGAAGUAUUGUGCAAAUGUAACUGAGGUAUACCAAGACAAACUUACGUAUGAAGGGAGGAAUUUAUAUGAGGUUAGUUCUAAUUUUUCUAUUUUUUUAUCGAUUUCAAAAAGGAGGAGGUUCUUUAUAAGGUGUGUAUGUUUUUUAUGUAUGAACACCAAUUCCUCACAGAUUUGUAAUCCGAUUUGCGUGAUUCUUUUUUUUUCGAUACGGAAUAAUUUCCAUUUGGUUCUAAUAAAAUUUUAUCUAGUUUGGUCUAGUACUUUUUAUUUCAUAAGCAUUUUUGUUACUUGUUCGAUGUAAUUUGCAUGAUACUUUGUUUAUAAUACACACUAAUACUAAUACAUUGUUUACAUACACCGAUUACUUAAAGAUUUCUGGUCCGAUUUGAGUGAUUUUUAAUUUGUUCAAUGGAAGCAAGUAUGCUUGCAGUUUGAUGCUAUUAAAAAAA